GGAGGAUUGGAGGUGAAUACCUUAAAGUUAUAUACGAGGAAUACACAGACGAUACGUUCACCACGUUGAAACUGAAACCAACACCUGAGUCUCUACACUUAGGAAUCUUAGGUCCAGUCCUAAGGGCAGAGGAAGGAGACACUCUCAGAGUAACCUUCAUGAAUAAAGCUGAUAGGAACUUCAGCAUCCAGCCUCACGGCCUGCACUACAAUAAACACUUCCAGGGAACAAGCUAUGAGGACGGUGUUGAUAAGCCAGGCUCUCACGUGGCUCCAGGGCAAAAGUUCACCUACACCUGGCAGGUGAUAGAGGGUCCUUCUCCAUCUGAUUCUGCGUGCAUCCCCUACCUGUACUACUCUGCCACCGAUCCCAUCAGGGACACCAGCUCUGGAUUGAUGGGACCUUUGCUCGUGUGCAAGAAGGGAACGCUGGGGGAGAACAGGACCCAGAAGGGUGUGGAUAAGGAGUUUUUCCUUCUGUUUUCUGUCAUGGAUGAAAGAUUGAGCUGGUACAUCAACGAGAACAUCGAGAAGUUUGGCAGCAACGAGACAGAUGUUGAAGAUGAAGACUUUGUGGAGAGCAAUUUGAUGCAUGCUGUCAACGGACGCAUGUAUGGGAACCUCCAGGGACUGCAGAUGUGCGCCGGGGACAAAGUUGUGUGGUACACGUUUGGGCUAGGUACAGAAGCGGACAUCCACGGUGUUUAUUUCGAGGGGAACACCUUCAAGAAGCAGAGCACGACACGAGACACUAUCAACCUGUUCCCUCACACAACUGCUACUGCCAUCAUGCAGCCGAACACUCCUGGUGUGCACGAGGUGAGCUGCCAAGAGUGGGCGGACCAUUUCUCAGCCGGACAUGAGGCCAGCAGUACAGAGUGGACUCUGUCCCAGACACAAACUAGAGCUCCACAUCAAAGGAGGGCCCGACCAGAGGAAUUGUGCAAGUAUUUUAUAAGGUGGCUGAAUGAAAAUAGUGUGGGGACUUCUCUCUCACCCAAGAGAGACCUGGGAGCAGGGAAGAUACCACCCACGGCACAUUAGAAGACAGUCAAACAGGCAAAUAUUGUUUGGUGGGAGGGGGGAAACAAAAUUGGCUUUCCGCGGCUUAUAAGAAGGUGGUGGUACAGAGAAAUACACCCGAUGAAAGCUUCCACUGUUAAGAAGAAACGACCAGCC